CCAAAAGCUUCAACAGGCUUCCAGAUUCCACCUUCUCGGCAAGCGUGCGGAAUCAUGAUUUCAGGUCUCUUCUCCUCCGUUGGGCUCUUGGUCAUGCUGACCAUUCCUUUGACCGGAGCUUUUCCAUCGGUACCUUUGUCCAGCCUCAUCACAAACGCCGUGAACAGGGCACAGUACCUUCACCUCUUGGCUGCGGACACAUACAGAGAUUAUGAACGUACCUACAUCCCAGAAGAUCAGAGACACUCCAAUAAGAAUUCCCAUGCUGUAUUCUGCUUCUCCGAAACCAUCCCUGCUCCAACAGAUAAGGAAAACACCAACCAGAAAUCGGACACGGAGCUCCUGCGCUUUUCACUUACACUCAUACAGUCUUGGAUGAACCCGGUGCAGGUUCUCAACAGAGUGUUCACUAACAACCUGGUGUUUGGGAGCUCAGACAGAGUCUAUGACAAACUGAGAGACAUGGAGGAAGGAAUCCAGGCUCUGAUGAGAGAGUUGGAUGAGGGGAACGCCCGCAGCUACUCCCUGCUCAAACUCACAUAUGAGAAAUUUGACAUCAACCUGCGCAGUGACGACGCACUCGUGAAAAACUAUGGACUGUUGUCGUGUUUCAAGAAAGACAUGCACAAAGUAGAGACCUACUUGCGGGUCAUGAAGUGUCGGCGCUUCGUGGAGAGUAAUUGUGCAAUUUAAUUUUGCAUUUUUUGGGCGAAGAAUACAUUGACAGCAUCCCCUUUCUGCCGACAGAGACGCACAAACAGAAAACAUGGGUUUUGUUGCUAAACUUUGCCAGACAAGGGGAUCAUAUGUUAUUAUGAGUUAUCUAAUGUUUAAUUUCCUGGGCCAAACAUGUCUGUCGCUUAUAAACCUAUAUAUUGCUUGAUCUGUGAAGAUCUUUGUCCUUUGUGAUUGUGUGUUUUUAACAAAGCCAAGUAAAGAAUGCAUUUCUGAUUUAA